AUGUCUAAUAGAGGUGACAGUGGGGAUGAAUCACAGGGGUUGACUCAAUUUGAAACCCAUACUUCUGAUGAUUCCCAGUCGUUAUGGCCUGUAAAUCGGAUUCUGAGGGAGUCAAGAUCCAAAUAUGAGGUUGAAUGGGCUGGCCUGGAUCCUGAGACCGGUAAACCUUGGAAACCCUCAUGGAUACCCAAAGAAGACUGUUCAGAUGCGUGUAUUCAGGACUGGAAGGAGGAGAAGCGAAACGAGCCCUCUCGAACUAGUUCAAGACCGAGAAAUUAUUCAGAAGAGCGGCAUCCUCCCGGUGACGCUGUAUUGACCUCACCGAUACGGAAACGGGUGUCGGGAGGCCUUGUGCCAUUCGUCGAGGUUUCUAAAAAGCGUCCAAGGUCGCCUUCACCUCCCAAAUCAAGGCCUUCCAGCAAACCAAUCUCGCAUGACGUAAGGGAUGAAGAGGAGGAGGAAGAAUCACAAUCAGCCCGACCUAUAAAGAAGCGUAAAAAGCUGGCCGUCUCCCCGGAUGAAAGCAACUCGGAUGAUGAACAGCCAUCUGAAAUACAAUCCUCCGCUGAAAAAAAACGACCUAAUUCAGAAAAGGGAGGUUAUUCCAAACAUCAACCACCAGCAAAGGCGAGCGCCGAAGUUGAUACAUCUCAAAGUCUAUCCAGCAUAUCUGUUGUUCCAGAAUCUCAGCACAUAUACGAGGAUCAAUCCGAAACAUUUACUGAACCCGAUCAGCCAAUAUCACAUCCACGCAAGAAUCCACCGGUGCUUCGACCGAUACCUCAUAUGACGCCUACAGCGUUUAAAGCCAGACUAGAAGGUCCUCUCUCCCAAAUUGAAGAGUUCACCAGUCCCUCUCCCUCACCCCAGCCAUUCAAGAAACAACUUGAGGCCGCAUCCAAUCGCAUCAAACCACUCACUACUUCUGCAAGUAGGGGUGUACAACAGAGACCCACCGUUAACUACGAAAGUAGGUCCACAAACGACGUGUUGUCGCCUACAGCUUCUGUUCGCCUCAAUUCGGAACCAUCACCUGCUAUCGAAGUAUCGCGGCAAGAGCACACAAUGAAAAUCGCUGCAAAAGAUGCAACCAUAGCCGCACUUGAAGCCCGGAUCUCCUUGCUGCAGGAAGAAAGAGAGAGAUUGGAAAAGCGCUUGCAAGACGAUGUCAGCGAGCAUGCACUGGCCAAGCACGCUUUUGAGGAGGAAAUCUUUGGCUUAACUACGGCCUUGAAGCAAUUCGGUUCGCUUGAACCCGCUAGAGUUGAAGCUAUACUCUCUCGGGACAAGGUUUCUAGUGUUCUGGAUACACUACAGACGGAUGCAGGCACUGAUAUAACCAUGGCUCCCCCACCAUACGUGCGCUCAGAAGAGGACGAAGCUCUCAUUACGCGAUUGCGUGCCGAAAAUGCAGAGCUACAAGAUAUGGUCGUUCGAAUCAAAGCGGAGAAGGCGAGUUCUGAUGCGAUGGUGGAGCAAGUUCGGGAAGUCGCACUCCGAGCUGAAGCAGCGAGGACUGAUAUGUCACGUCAGUUGAGAAUAUUCAAGGAGGUGGCUCAAAACGCUCCUAAGAUUGCGGAGGAGAUGUUUUCGUCCGCACUUGCCGCUGCACAAGCAGAGGUGGAGCAGUACAAAUCCCAAGUCUUAAUCCUGGAGGCACAGAACCUUUUGACUGGGGAUGAGAUUCGCAAGAAGGCAGCGAAGAGCGAUAUCCUAGCGAAGAAAUAUCAGCGUUCACAAAAGAAGCAAGAAGCACUCUUUGAAGAAUUAACAAUUCUCGAACAGGAAAGAGACCGCGCGAACACACUCGCCCAAGAGCUUACUUUGAUCAUCAGUGAUAUUGGGAACAAUACGGCGAAUGAAUCUACCUUUGAGCGAAUACGCAAUAUCCUGCGCGGGGAUGACGAAGUGGAAGCG